AUGGGGAACCUCGUUGUUAUUGAAAAAGAAUCAUGCCACCUUCAUCUUCGUGAUUUCUUGUCUGAAUAUCUCAGGCAACUGCAUAACUUGAAGGAACAUUUAAAACAAACAAGAUUAGACGUGGAGAAAGUAAUUCCUUCAAAGAACUUCAAAGGUCCAGCAGUUAUCGACUGGGAAAACUGGCGUCCUUUGUAUGAAAGAAACUAUGGUAAUAAGAGGAUAUACAAAAAACUUGCGAUCGCUGAUGUACAAAAACAACAUCCUGAUUGGAAUGUAGCAGAAGUAAACUUCGAAGCUGAAAUCCAAUUCGACGAGGCUGCAAGAAAAUUGAUGUCAUCUACUUUAAAGCUGGGUGAAGAAUUACGAAGUGAAGGUAGAUGGGGAUUUUAUGGUUUCCCCAGACUAUACCAGAAAAUUCCAGAGCAAACAAGAAUUGCCAACGAUAGGAACCUUCAUCCAAGUGACUCUGUCGAGAACAAUCAGAGUCCGAUUUGCAUAGCCGCUGAAUUAUUGCUUUCCAUGACAAUACCAGCUGCAACAGGCAGCGCUGGCGUGAUUAUCUGGGACAGUUCAUUUAGUUAUAGAAACCGAGAACAUUGCAAAACAUUGAAAAAUUAUGUAACCACAACUCUUGGACCCUUUAUUAAAAAACUGACCGAAACUUUCCAAUAUUGCAGUGAGCAUCUAUGUAAUGGUAAUGGUCGCUGUGUGAAGCCAUGGGGGACAAUUGGUGAUAGUACAUAUUGGCGUAAUUCUAAAGGGGAGUUUAAUACAUUUGAUGACUUAAAGCUGAAUAAGUUUGAAAGACGUGAGUUGAAAACCCUUCUUAAUAUUGUGAACAACGCAGCUGAAUCGCAUUUACUGAAAAGGGAAAUUAAGGACAUGUUUACCUGCAAGUGUUAUACAGAGUGGACAGGAAAACAUUGCAACAACCGCCGGCAUUAAUAUAUAUUUUGAUAUUUUAACGGAACUUCCUAAUGAUUGACAGACGUGGGAUGAAUACGUUGAAAUUUUAAAUGAUACAACUGAAAAUAUAUGAACAUGUAUUAUAAAAAAUUUCGCAGUGAUUAAAUAGAGAUUAAAAAAACAUUUAAUUAAAAGAUAAAGUGUCUUUGCAUAUGGCCUCAGUGAUUUUCUUAAUUAUCUGUUCAGAAUCAAAUCUUCUUGAGAUAAAGAAAUUUAUAGAUCAGACAUGGGCAAACUUUUUCGAGAAGUGAGCCACAUGAGACACAGUUCAUCAUCAAAUGGGCCGCACUACUAAAAGAAUGAAAACAAUUUUAUGUUAUGCAUGUCAUUCAAAAAGCCCCGAGGUUCGCGGUGUGCCAGUUACUGUUCUACAGCAUUUGGCAUUUAAGAUAUAUACGCUUAAAUCUGGUUUGUAUGUAUUUGUCUUAUUGGCAUUUAAAUAUUUUUCAUUCCACCAUACUAUGGCUGCAGAUUCUUCAAAAAC